AUGGAGAAUGAUCUCUUAGAUAUCUCUGGCGAAGACGAAGACAAUUGGCUUCUGAAAAACACGCCGAAGAGAGGCGUUACGUCUUUUGCCGGCGGUAGUUCGAGACGAGAAAAGAGUUAUUUUGAUUGCUCACCUCUAGAAAUCCCUAGAUCGAGCCGCACCCUUCCUCCUCGCCCUCCUUUUUCUCCAAUUGGAAGAGUAACAAGCAACAACAUGAUUGAGCAGCCGAGCUCUUUUGUUGAUACAGAAAAUGUAGGCAAGGAGAAUACUAGUGGGAACAAAGUUGAAUUGCUGAAACUGAGUGUAGAGCGACAACAGAUGAAGAAGAAGAAAAAGAAUGCUGGAUUUAACUUGCGGAAAAGCUUAGCAUGGGAUAGAGCUUUUUCUACUGAAGAAGGUGUUUUGGAUUCGGAUGAGCUAUCCAAAAUAACUGAAGGUCUGUUACCUGCCAUCCAGGAAGAGUUCAGAGAGUCAACGUCAUCUUCCAAAUGCACCAGUGUUUCACCAGGACUACAAGCACUUGAGGAAAACUUAUUUAACGACUUGCCUGUGAAUAGUAAAAAGAGGGAGAAGAAGUUUGUGAGUGGCACAGUGGCGAAGUACGCAUCACCGUCGAAAGCCCAACCUUCGAAGCACGCAUCACCAUCUAAACCCCAAACUUCCAUGGCCCAGAAAAAAGUAAUUUCAGCUCAGGAUGUGAGGAGCGGUUCCAAACGCAGUGGCUGUCCCCGGCCUCUUCCUUCAUCUUCAUAUCCUUUUAUUACUUAG